AUGACGGGGUUCUGUUCCCUGGCGCUCCUGCUGCCUGUCCUGCUGGGCUGUGCCGGUGGCCACCCCGUGCCGGGGAGGGCCAGCUUCCACAAGCUGCUGCUGAUCUCGUUCGAUGGUUUCCGUUGGGACUAUGACCAGGACGUGGACACCCCCCACAUGGACCGCCUGGCCAGGCAAGGUGUGAAGGCCAAGUACCUGACACCACCCUUCGUGACCAUGACCUCCCCGUCACACUUCACCACCAUCUCAGGUCGCUGGAUCGAGGACCACGGCGUCAUUCACAACAUGAUGUUUAACACAGAGACACAGUGGAAAUACUCCUACAAGACCACACAGAACAAGACGGAGUGGUGGGACAACGGAGCACUGCCCCUCUGGAUCACAGCCCAGAGGCAGGGGAGAAAAACAGCAUCCUUCCACUAUCCCGGUGGAGGGGCAAAGUACAAUGGUGAACCCGUCCAGAGAUCCCUUGUGGAGUCUUACACCCAUCCAGACAGCAAUGAGACAGAGUGGAGGGAGAACAUUGACAUCGUCAUGAACUGGUUCACCAAAGAAGACUUUGACUUUGUGACCCUCUACUACGGAGAGCCAGAUAGCGUGGGCCACCGAGUCGGGCCUGAGACAAAUGACAGGAGGGUGAUAAUUCAGCAAAUCGACAGAACCAUUGGGUACCUGGUGGAAGCCAUUGAGAGGCAUGGCUUGACAGAGCACCUCAAUGUCAUCAUCACAUCAGACCACGGCAUGACCACGGUGAAGAAGCAACCCAAUGUCACUGAGAUCCUCCUGACAAACUACAUCAAGUUCAAGGAUUUGGUCAAGUUUGAUAUUGUGGACUACGGUGGCUUUGGGAUGCUCCUCCCCAAACCAGGACAAGAAGAAGCUGUGUACCAAGCACUAAAGGACGCACAUCCUCACCUCAAAGUCUACAAGAAGGAGGAUUUUCCAGAACGCUUUCAUUUUGCUAAACAUGAGCGAGUCCUGCCAAUUGUGAUGUAUGCCGACUCUGGAUACAACAUUAAUGGGCAACUUAUAAUAUAUUUCAACAAAGGGGACCAUGGCUUUGAUAAUGCCCUCAUGGACAUGAAAACCAUCUUCAGAGCUUUUGGGCCCGAUUUCAAGAAGAAUUACUUGGCUGAGUCUUUUGACAGCAUCCAUAUCUACCCCCUGAUGUGCAGGCUCCUGGGAGUCACCCCUGAACCUCACAAUGGCUCUCUGGCCGUCACCCAGGACAUGCUCCUGGACCGUCAUGACCAGCAGUCAGACAGUGUGGCCCAUGCCAAGACUCUCGGGAUGUACUGGAGCCCACGUUGCCCCGCCUUGCGGCCCCAAGCCCCGCCUUCCGGUGCCCGCGCAUACGUCGGCCCCGCCUCCCGGUGA